GUUCAUCGAAUACAAGGGCCAAAAGAUUGUGUACAAGCGAUACGCCUCCCUGCACUUCUGCUUCGCCAUCGAGGAGGACGAUAACGAGCUCUUGACACUCGCCGUCAUCCAUCGAUUCGUAGAACUACUUGACAAAUACUUCGGCAACGUAUGCGAACUGGAUAUCAUCUUCAACUUCCACAAGGCGUACUAUCUGCUCGACGAGCUAAUUCUUGAUGGCCAGUUCCAGGUAUUUUCAUAUACACUCAUUUUGUAG